UCUCGUCCUGUCCACAAUGCACUGCGAGAGAGCUGCAUAAACGACAAAGAAAAAGGGCCAAAACAACAACAGGGUGGCAUCUGAGGCGAAAUACGGGCUAUAUCUUCAAAAUUUGACCCUUCCCUGCAGCAACAACUAGUAGCGUGUCAUGGCCUGUAGAAGCUGAGCUGGAUGAACUGGGUUUGUUCUAAAGGGGAGAGAUAGAGAUAGAGUGAGCCUGAGGAGAGCGGGGUAGCUGUGGCAGAGAGACCAGUAGAGGGCGCCAAUGCAGCAGCAGCAUCAUCGUCAGCCUGAUCUCGUGGAGGGCAGCCUUCCUGUCUUCGUUUUCCCAACAGAACUCGUUUUUUACGCGGAUGACCAGACCUCCCACAAACAAGUGCUCACCCUCUACAACCCCUAUGAGUUUGCUCUCAAAUUCAAAGUUUUGUGCACAGCUCCAAAUAAAUACAGUGUGGUGGACGCGACUGGAGCGGUCAAACCACAAUGUUGUGUCGACAUAGUGAUCCGCCACAGAGAUGUCCGCUCCUGUCACUUCGGGGUCUAUGAUAAGUUCCGGCUUCAAGUUUCAGAGCAGAGCCAGAGGAAAGCGCUGGGUCGGAAAGAGGUGACGGCAACGCUUCGGCCCUCCUCUGCACAUGACCCUCCCACCCCCCGGCCCCCUGACGAAGAGCGGAGGAAAGAACAUACAACUGAGACAGAGUUCUAUGAACAGACCUCCUAUCACACAGAGCCCCGCCCCGUAGCCGGAGGUCCCAGUCUGCUCACAGUGCUGCUGGGGCUGGUCUGUAUGGCUGCCCUCAUGCUCCCAACUCUGGGGGAGCAGGAAUCCUCGGUGCCUGUCUACCUCCACUUAAGUGUUAACAAGAAACUAGUAGCUGCUUAUGUCCUCGGUCUUCUCACUAUGGUCAUCCUUCGCACAUGACUUGAACGAGCUGGGAUGAAGGACCCGUCCUGACACCAGAGGCACAACCGACUGUGGAAAAAUGCAUUCAAUGUACAAAACAAACUUGUGUCUUGUUAUAAAAAGACACUAUAAUAAUAAUAUAAUGAUGUAUAUUCCAGUAUGGUGAACCCGUCUGGUGAGCUAAGGAGUUUCCCCCGGUUUUAAAUGGGGGAUUGUGAAGAAAGAGGCCAGUCAAGUCUGUGGCCUCUGAAAUUGUAUUUUUUAUUGCCAUUAUGUAACAGUGAGGAGCGGAGGAGUUUCAAUGCAAAAUGUGUGUACAGCUAAGCCCUAAAUGUUUUUUAAAGCAAUUUACACUGUUACAAUACUGACCUUAUAUGCGCUGUAUGCUCCAGUUUCCAGCAGAUAAGAUGCCUAAUCCGUGCUGUGUGCAUUGUAAAUAGUUCAGUGGCAGGGUGACUUAAUGGUUAGCACUCUCCAGGUUCGACUCCUGGUCUUGUCUCUGUGGAGUUUGUAUGUUUCUCCCUGUGUCUGGGUCAAACGCAGAGGACAAGGACAAUAAAAUGUACUUUAAGCUAUAUUACCAGUGCAUAGGACUCCAAAAUGAUUUAAAAAAAGGAUAAGGAUAAUAUGGGACCUUUAAUACACCUGCUCUGUUGAAUAUCAAACAAUGGUACAAUCAGUUAAUAAAAGGGAAGCAGAUGUGUGAAAAUGCACUGUUGUGUUGCCAUUUUGAGAACAUACCUGCUCUGGGGCAGACUGACAGUUGUGGCUCUCACGUAAUCACACUAACUAGUUAUCAUUAUUACAGAUGCACAGUAGGUUUUGUCUAUUUUUUGCACAUUUUGGAGAACUAUUCUUGGGGGUAGCUCUCCAUUUCCAUAAUGUUAGAAGGAUUCUUUAGCUGAUGUCUGAUCUAGUCUGACUGGUUUCAAUUCAUGGCCCUGAUUUGGUCUUUGGGCUAGUCUCUAGCCUGACCUCUUCCUGGUGAUCCUCCCUGAUCAUGACUCUGGUCUGCAUUAGUCUGCUCCCUGGUCUGGUCUCUAGCCUCUCUCUCUGGACCCUGGUCUUGGCUCGAGUCGGGUCCCUGGUCUUAUUGUCAGUCUAGUCUUUGGUCUGGUCUCUAGUCCAGUCUUUCUUUCCAUCUUUAAGUUAUGACCACAUUUGGGCUUAGCUGUACAUAAACUUUUACAUGUUUGUUCUUGACUAAGUGCAGAGUUUGCAUGUGUGAAUCUGAAUGAAUUUGUCUGUUUUAUUUCUUUGUUUCUUUUUGAAUCUUCACCAAAGUCUUUUUUUUUUGAGACAACUGUCUGUAUGCCAUAUCCACUUUUCAUCAAAUGUUGAAUAAAGUCUCAAAGUUUGCCAAA